AUGGAGUUCGGGAACCCUAGGUGUAGGGAAAAUAUCGUGGCAGCCACUGGUGCAGUGAAAACGGCAACGGCAGACAGUCUCGGUAGAGCCGGGUCUCCAUGCCACAGGGAAGAGAAAACGCCUGAAUAUCAGCAGCGAGACACAGCUGAGGUUACCUUGUACAAACAGAACGCGGACACAUCUAAUCAUCCAACAUGCGCUGCAGUGAAGCCUUGUCCGGAUCCGGCCCAUCGGGACGCAGGACCGGUAGAAACUUUGGAAACCACCAGGAUCCGGGACCACUGGGCUUAG